AUGUCCCUCGUACUCCUCCCCAUGGUCCUGCGCAAGGACGACUCGCUCGUCCUUGCUGUGCACAACGAGAAGGCGGCGAGUCUUACGGAGCUCAGCGGCGAGGCGAGUCGCUACACCGGCGACUAUCGUGAGUGUGAAGUUACCUUCAACCCUGCGCGGCCCACCUGCUUCGCCCACGCGACAACCACCACGCUGACGUACACGGAGGUGAUCGAGAACACCGCCGCCGCCGAGGACGACCCGUGCCGGUUCAGCUUUCAGACGCUCUUCGCCGUACCCAUGCCUCACGUCGCGGUGAGCCUGGCCUUCUCGCCGAAGGGCACGUACCUCGUCGCAUACGCGAUGAUGGACCAGAAGCGUACCCCCGACGGAAACCUGAGCGUCUUUGAGACCGCCAAAGGCAGGCUGCUUCGUCGCGGCAUGCAGGCCCGCUGGCCGGCCAUGGUCUGGACGGCAGACGAGGCAUACGUGGUACGGCCGGUGCAGGGCUGGAUGCACGCCAUGAACGGCGACCUCGCCUCCACGGCAUCGUCCUCGGUGCUGUUGGAAGGCCCCAACGAGGAGAACAGCGAGCAGCAGUCGGAUGCCGAUCAUGACGGUACAGCUGCCGUCAACGGGACACUGAGCAAGGUGGACCUGAUGCUGGCACAGGAUAAGGAGAUCGAGUACGCGACGGCGCCAGCUGAGGGCCGCCCGAUGCUUGCACUCUUCAAGCCAUUCUACAAGCAGCGCCAGGCCACGUUCUGUGUCUAUCGCCUCCCUGAGCUCCGUGAAGGUCCGCUGUACCAGGUGAACUUCGGCCGCGCCGAGGCAGCGAGCCUCUUCUGGAGCCCGUCCGGCAACUAUGUGGCGCUCCUCGUGAAGUCCGAGCGGGACCCGAGCGGGAAGAGCUACUAUGGCACCGUACAGCUGCACAUCAUCGACAUCAUGAACCGGAGCAUCACGGAGGUCAGGCUGAAGGGUGAGGGCGAGACAGUGCACGACUGCCAAUGGUCGCCCACGUUAGAUGAGCUGCUGGUUAUUCACGGCAAGAUGCCACGCAACAAGUGCACGCUGUUUAACAAGAACGGUGUGGCGCAGAUGACCUUCGGAGAGGCACCGCGUAACAUGGUAGCGUGGGCCCCCAACGGUGCUCAGUUCGUCCUUGGCGGCAGCGGAAACCUCGCUGGUGACUACCAGUUCUAUGCCCGUCCCCAGAUGGCGCCGGUGGCAGGCGCCGGUGCUGGCUCCAACGCCACCGUUCCUGUAGCGUCGUCGGCAGCCUGCACCGGGGAGUUCAACGAGAAGUGCAGCUUUCAGAACUGGGCCCCCGACAGCUACAACUUCCUAUGCUCCACCGUCUUCACGCGGCUGCGGAUGGACAACAAGAUCGUCGUGACGAAGCUGAAUGGGGCGCGGGUGCUGACGUGUAAAUAUCCGGUGCUGUACGGGGCGCACUGGGUGGCGAUGCAUGCUCCCAACGAGUACCCGGCUCGCGCCGCCUCGCCGCGUGCUGCCGGGGAGGAGAAGCCGAAGCCGCAGGCCUACCGACCACCAGGAGGCACAUCUCGUGCGGCAGCGCUGCUCCGUCGCGAUCCGGAGGCGGCUCAGAAGGCGAAGCCCGCCGGCCCUGUUGGGGCGACGGUCGUGUCGCAAAAGAAAAAGCGACGGCACUAA